GACACCAUGGGGACACCAUGGGGACAUGAGGACACAAAGGGACAUCCUGGGCCACGCGCUCUACCAGCUGCUGGUCAUCUUCACCCUGCUCUUCGCCGGGGAGGUGCUGUUUGACAUCGACAGCGGCCGCGCCGCCCCGCUGCACGCGCCGCCCUCGGAGCAUUUCACCAUCAUCUUCAACACGUUCGUGCUGAUGCAGCUCUUCAACGAGCUCAACGCGCGCAAGCUGCACGGCGAGAGGAACGUCUUCGAGGGCGUGUGCGCCAACCCCAUCUUCUGCGGGAUCGUCCUGGGCACCUUCGCCGUGCAGGUGGGACGGGGGACAUCGGGGGACACUCGGGGGACACUCGGGGGACAG